AUGCCCAAAAGUGGAAAUCGACCAAGGCACUGGGCCCAAAAGGGGAAAUCGACCAAGGGACUGGGCCCAAAAGGGGAAAUCGACCAAGGGACUGGGCCCAAAGUGGAAAUCGACCAAGGCACUGGGCCCAAAAGGGGAAAUCGACCAAGGGACUAUGCCCAAAAGUGGAAAUCGACCAAGGCAUUGGGCCCAAAAGGGGAAAUCGACCAAGGGACUAUGCCCAAAAGUGGAAAUCGACCAAGGCACUGGGCCCAAAAGGGGAAAUCGACCAAGGGACUGGGCCCAAAAGGGGAAAUCGACCAAGGGACUAUGCCCAAAAGGGGAAAUCGACCUAGGGACUGGGCCAAAAAGGGGAAAUCGACCAAGGGACUAGGCCCAAAAGGGGAAAUCAACCAAGGGACUAUGCCCAAAAGUGGAAAUCGACCAUGGCAUUGGGCCCAAAAGGGGAAAUCGACCAAGGGACUAUGCCCAAAAGUGGAAAUCGACCAAGGCACUGGGCCCAAAAGGGGAAAUCGACCAAGGGACUGGGCCCAAAAGGGGAAAUCGACUAAGGGACUAUGCCCAAAAGUGGAAAUCGACCUGGCAUUGGGCCAAAAGGGGAAAUCGACCAAGGGACUAUGCCCAAAAGUGGAAAUCGACCAAGGGACUAUGCCCAAAAGUGGAAAUCGACCAAGGGACUGGGCCCAAAAGGGGAAAUCGACCAAGGGACUAUGCCCAAAAGGGGAAAUCGACCUAGGGACUGGGCCAAAAAGGGGAAAUCGACCAAGGGACUGGGCCCAAAAGGGGAAAUCGACCAAGGGACUAUGCCCAAAAGUGGAAAUCGACCAAGGCAUUGGGCCCAAAAGGGGAAAUCGACCAAGGGACUAUGCCCAAAAGUGGAAAUCGACCAAGGCACUGGGCCCAAAAGGGGAAAUCGACCAAGGGACUGAGCCCAAAAGGGGAAAUUGA